AUGGCAGAGCGUUUUUUCAUGCCUAGCCUGCAGAAUCAGGUCAUGAAUAAGCUUUUCCACAGUCUUGCGUCAAACUCCAUAAUCCGUACUGUGAAGCCUACCGCCAAAAUCAUCCAGGAUUCAGAUUCUGAAAGACUGAAAUCUAUGCUUCUGAAUCGGGUCUCUAUCUCAUCGGGAGAUCUCAGAAACGCUUGGAGCGAAGUUAGGUCAAUUGAUCUCCUUCGGCGCUUCGUCAAAGGCGAUUUUGAACAAGGUCGUCGUAUAGAGCCAGCUAGAUACCACGUUGCUGACGGAAAAUCACUUGAAAAGGACAGUGAGUACGAGAAGGGCGUCAAUACCACUUCAGACUCGACAAAUUCCACUCCUUCAAACGGUCCGACUUCUGUGGCUGAUUAUGAUGAUUUGGAUGGUUUCGAUAUUGCUGGGGAUGAAGACUACUCCCUUUCGCGAGAAGCCAAGUUUCAUUCAAAACCAAAGAAGCGUCGAUCAUCGCACCGGAUAGCUAAAAAUAUGUUACGGGAGUCUCGUCUUCAUUGA